AUGUCAUUGAAACCAUUUACGGGGUUAUUAUUCUGUUGCACUGGGUUGGAAUCAACCACACGACGAGAGGUGGUAGAGAAGAUAGAGACCCUUGGGGGAAUUCAUUAUUCAGAUUUAAUGACAGAUGUCAAUUAUCUUAUAGUGGGAGAUAGAGACACUGAGAAAUAUCGAUUUUGCAUUAAAUAUAGACCUGACAUUAUUUUUAUUGAUGCUGAUUCCAUUUUCACAAUUCAUAAACAUUGGAUAAACGGUGAAGAUGAGAACCUGGACUUACUACGAAUAGAGAAAUAUAGGUUGGCAAUAUUUGCUCAAUUGAAUGCAUGUUUCUCAAGAAUAGAAAUGUCAACCUCUCAAAUUGAUCAUUUAGUCAACACAGUAAAAUUUCGACAGCGUACUAAUACUUCACCUGAGUAUUUUCGCCCGAAAAAUUUAUUCAAAUUGUUUGUUGAUAAUGGUGGUAUUGCCAAAGAAUCUUUACUGUGUCAUCAGAAUUUUAUUAUCACAGCUGAUCCACGAGGAACACGAUACAACAAGGCUCUUGAAUGGAAUGUACCCGCAAUACAUCCUAUUUGGAUUGUCGAUAGUGUAUUGAGAGGUGCUGCAUUAGAUUGGAAAGAUUAUAUUUUAAACAACAAUCCAAAUGAUUGCUAUGAUCGAGGGUGUGAUGUUUGGCCCGAAGUUUUCGAUUGUCAGGAGAAACAAAAACAGAAAUCUCAACAACAACCUAAAAGAUUAGAGUCUACUGAACCAGAAGUAAAACGGAAAAUCACCAAUAAUAAAACCAAUGCUGAUAUUUGGAACUCGAUUAUGGAUCAUACCAAGAAGCAAACAAAGCAAUUGAUUCACGACAAGACCUGGGAUGAUGAUGAGGAGGAGGAAGAUAAUGAUGAUGAUGGUGAUACCCAAACCAAAAAUGAAAAGAAUAAUCAAUACAAGAAUAUUACUACAAUUCCUAAAGAUGGAAAGCAAAAACCAGAAUUAAACGGUAAAAUACAUAAUUUGGAUCUUAAAUUGGUGUCAGAAAGUAAAGAAAACUCACCAAAUGUCCUGGAAAGUCAAUUAUUUUUAGGGUUCAACUAUUAUACGGUCGGUUUUGACUCUCGUGAGUUUGACUUGUUAUCCAAAGCAAUUGAAAACUACCUGGGAGAAAUAUCUAAUGAUCCAAAUGACGAUUCUAUCACUCAUGUGGUUAUUCCUGCAAAAAAGGGGUAUCAGUCAAUGCUGGUUUUGAAAGUCUUACCUGCUGACCUUAAGCUGAGAAUUGCAAAUGGGUUUGUCAAAAUUGUUACUGAGUUUUUCAUUGAAAGAUGUAUGUUUUACAAGAAAAUUAUAUUAGAUAGAUGGGGACAGCCAAUGAAGGGAUUAGUGCCGUCUAAAAAAUCAUUUAAAAUUUGUACCACUGGGUUUACUGGCAUUGAAUUAUUGCAUAUUGAAAAACUAAUACGGUCGUUUAACUUUGAAUAUUGUGAAACAUUGUCAGAACAGAGAGAUCUACUAAUUCUCAACGUAAAUUUAUUUAAAAAAAGCUUGAUGAAUUCGCCAAAGUUAUUUCAAUACAAAUGUAAGGACAUCAUCAAUUGUCCAACUGGUGGAUCUGUGUCGUUGAUGUCAUCUAAACACAAAGUUGAAGCUGCAAAACGAUGGAACAUUCCUGUUGUUUCAGUGGCAUAUUUGUGGGAGAUUUUAGAACUUUCAACUAAUAAAUCACAUAUUAUUAUGCCGGAUAUUACAGAUUUGCAAUGGUGUGUCUUUGCACCGAGCAACUAUAAUAAACCGAAAUCAUUAUUGGAGUACGUGAAGAAUUUGGAUAAGGCUAGUAGAGAAAGUUCUUUUAGUCCCAAAAGUCAAGAAAAUGAAGCAUUGGAAGAACCCACAAUGGAUAAUCUGGUGAGAUUGCCAUCACCACGAAGAGUUAAUCUGAAACAAAAAUACGGUAAAUUAGUGGGAGGCAAAUCUCCCAAAUCAAUUAAACGGAAAUUACUCGAAGCUGCAAAUCUGUUUGCUGAUGGACAGAAUGAUCAUAGUAUUAAUCCAGAUGUUACAAUUGAAGAGGAUCUGAUGUCUCAAAUAAGGUAUCAAGACAACGAAUCAAUGAUCAACCAAGAAAGAUUAUUAGAGAAAUUGGAUGGAUCAGCUGUGCUUGUGGAA